UUCUCCGCCUCUUUGCCUCCCUGAACAACACUGUCACCGGCAGGGAGGGACUGGUCAGUCGACAAUGAGCACGGCGGCCGCUGCACGAGAACCCACGCGCGCGGAUGCCUUGCUCCUCUUCCUCCUCUGACGACAACGAAGACGAUUCGGACUACCUCGUCGACGCCACCACCGCCGCCACCGGCGACCCGGUCUGCCGCGCCACCACCUCGCAACAACGUCGCCGCUGACGUCGCGCACCUGAUGCCGGCCGACUCCGAGCCCGAGGGCGUCUUCUCGCUCCUGCGCACGCAGGCCAAGGUCGACGCGGUGUGCAAGAAGUACGGCGUCCCCAAGGAAGAGUACACAGCACGCCCCGCCGGCGACCUGCGCGCGAGCUCGCGCCCGCCGCCGGGUGCCGUCUGCGUGUACGAGCACGCACUGGAGGCGGGGAUGCGCGUGCCUCUGCACGGCUUCUUCUCCGAGGCGCUCGCCCACUUCGGCCUCGCGCCGACCCAGCUCGUGCCCAACGGGUGGCGCAUCAUGGCUGGAUUCGUCGUGCUCUGCCACUACGCGGGCGUGCCGCCGUCGGUACUGGUGUUCCGGCACUUCUUCCGUCUGCGCAUCCAAAACCGCAAGGAGAAAGGCGGCUGGUACCGUUUCCAAUCCAAAGACACCUCCGGCCUGCACUUCGCGGGGUUGCCGGAUUCCAUCAAGGGCUGGAAGGACAACUUCUUCUUCCUCUCGUCGUCGACGCCGUGGCCUUGCCCGGUGGAGUGGGGCGAGCCGUCCAAGAGCUCCCUCAUGGUGCCAGUGCUCACCGGCGAGGAGAAGAGAUCGGCAGCUGUUCUGCUGCGUGCUCACGGCGGCGCCCCCGUUGAUAUCAGGACCUAUCUUAGCGACAACAGUCUUGCCGCCGCCAAGAUAUCUCUUGCAUCGUCGGCACCGAGGCCGCCUUCCUGUACGCCUACUUCCGCCGGUUCCAAAUCCAAAGGGAUCUAUCCCUCCGUCUACGACAUGAUGAAAAACAUUCAGGCGGAAAAGGCGGCAGCCGCGCAAGCGUCGGCAUCGGCCAACAAGGUGAAAAUCAAUCCGGGCAGCGACGCAACGGGGUCGUUGCCGUUGUACGGGAAGAAGAGGAGGCUGGACGAAGCUGACGGCAAGGAAGUUAAAGGCCGCCCUCCUUCUGUUGUUGCAGUGAACACGCCUCCGCCCGCCCAUCGCCCUCCGGCGGGGGAGCCUUCCGACGUCGCCUCGCCGAGCUUCGUGGGCAUUUUCAAGGCCACGAACAACAUGAUAUCCUCAUUGGAGGAACAGCUGGAGCAGGCUAAGGGCGAGGUCACAGCGGUGAAGGCCGACCUCGCGGCGUCCAAGCGUGCAGCAGCAGCGGAGCGGGAGAAGGCAAAGGCCGAGCUCGCCGCGGCCAAACGAGCAGCUGAGGCAGAAUUGGAGAAGGUGAAAGCUGAGCUUGCGGCGGCGAAGAAGGCAGCGAAGGCAGAGCGGGAGAGAGGUGACGCCGAAAGGGCAACAGUGCAGCAGCUCCUGGCGGGGCUCGAGCGCUUGAAGACUACCACGAGCGCGGCGCGGAGAACAUGAGGCCGGUGCAUCGCGCUCCGGUCUUCUACCCGACAACCCCGUGGCCGUGGCUUGCUCUUGCCGCCUAGCUUACUGAAUACUACUUGAUCUUUUGAACUACAACCGUGCUUCCCCCAUUUGAGGUUUCUAUUACUUUGCUCCACGGGCUAUUCCCAUGUAAUCAAGUUACUUAAAACGAUACUCUGGUCGGGAGAUCCAAUGUAGUAUCUGUAGUUAGCUAGUUCUUCAGAUUCUAGUGUUUUAACCUGCCUAUUUUGGACGACCCAGUAGAUCAAGGAAGGCAAUGGAUAUGAUUGAGUUUAAUUUACCAUCGUGGUACUUGGAGGAA